AUGAAAAUAUUGCAAUUCAAUCGCCGACUUACGACGUGGGUAGAGCAACACUGGAUACUCCAUCUUAUCGGCAGGAGUGGUGUGGAAGACGUCCAGUCACCAAUGAAAUGUGGAAAUAAACACAGUCUUAAUGUGAAUUCAAAACGUUUGAGUACAAAGAUUGAGCAGAAGGCAGAUGGACUGUUUCAUAUAGGCAAAACUAGUUAG